CUCUGUGCAUGCCGACACGUGCGUCAAAAACUGUACGUGAUGCCUCACCAGGUGGUAUGAAACUGCCGUGACAUAUUCCCCCUCCAGCCAUGCACAGCGCUCGUAAUCCGAGACAAAAACAGGCGCACGCUCUCCAGGUUGCCCCAGCUCGCCCUAGAGGUGCUGGCGCCAGUUGACCACAGCCCUGCACUGCAGGCGAUAAGCCCCGCCCUCAAUGCCUGCGGUUUCGGGGCCCCAGCUCCCAGACCGACCCUACGAUUGGCCACCUGCAGCGACAGCCUGGGGAGACAAUGGCACCAAGUGCGCGUCAUCUCGGCUCGAGCUCAACAACGCCGCCCGUCACGAUUGACGCCUUAGAGACAUCCAACCCCGUCCCCAUCCAAACUCAGCCAGCGCUGCGCUGCUGCCAACCUGGGGAGCCUGCCCCUCCUCUUGUCCCCCUCAACCAAGGCAUGGCUCUGGCUCAUAUAGCUGCCCUGCCCUCGCCCUGACGCUCGUCGUUGCCGCCAUCCCUCCGCCGUCUCGGGUCUAGACCACAACAAUCAUGCCUGGAGGAGGAACGGGCGAGAAGCUCGAGAGCACCCUCACGGCAGUGGCCGGUGUCGCCUCGCUCAUCGCCACCUUUUUUUCUAUCAUCUCGAUAUGGCUCCAACUCAAAAACUAUCGCAAGCCACUCCUUCAGAGAUAUGUCGUGCGCAUCCUGCUGAUGGUGCCCCUUUACUCUAUCUCAUCAUGGUCGAGCAUGGUAUCGCUCAAGCUGGCCGCCUGGUUCGAUCCCGUGCGAGAUAUCUAUGAGGCCUUCACCAUCUACACCUUCUUCCAGCUCCUCAUCAACUACCUCGGCGGCGAGCGAUCGCUCAUCAUCAUGACACACGGCCGCGAGCCAGUGAGCCACGCGUGGCCCAUGGACCACCUCUUCCCCAAGGCCGAUAUCUCGGACCCUUAUACUUUCCUGGCCAUCAAGCGCGGUAUCCUCCAGUAUGCGUGGUUGAAGCCGCUACUCGCGGUGGCCGCUAUCGUCAUGAAGGCCACAGGGACCUACAAGGAGGGCUAUAUCGGCCUCGAUUCUGGCUACACCUGGAGCGGCCUAAUCUACAACAUCAGCAUGACUGUCAGCUUGUACUGCCUCGCCCUGUUCUGGGUUUGCAUGCAUGAGGACCUCAAGCCCUUCCGGCCUGUGCCCAAGUUUCUCUGCAUCAAACUCAUCAUCUUUGCCUCUUACUGGCAGGGCUUUUUCCUAUCAAUCCUCGUGUUCCUGGGUGCCAUCACGGACAAAGUCGAGGGCUACUCGCCCGACAAUUUAGCUGCUGCGAUCCAGGACUUCCUCAUCUGCCUCGAGAUGCCAUGCUUCGCCGUUGCUCACUGGUACGCCUUCUCGUGGCGCGACUUUGCCAAUGAUUCCGUGGAGGAGGCACGCAUGCCCGUCAAGUACGCCCUCCGCGACGCCUUUGGUAUUCGCGACCUGAUCGAGGACUCGAAAGAGACUUUCAAGGGCGAUAAAUAUGGCUACCGCGCCUUCGAUUCGGGUGACCGCAUUAUGGCACACGAAAGCUCCACUUCUCGCCUUGCUCGAGUCCGCGCCGGCAUGAGGUACGAGCGUGGCGGCAAGGGCAAGUACUGGAUCCCCAAGCCUGGCCAGAUCACGUCAGACAUCAACCCCUACACGCCCCUUCUUGGACCCAGUGGCGGCACAUCCAACGGCGAGCCCAGCCGGUCGAGCUCUAGGGAUACUUUCGGUACAACCGAGGAUCCUACCUUGGACCCGGACGAGGAGGCCCUGUAUGACAAGGCCCGAGGGCUAGAGUAUGGGGACUGGAAUUACCCUGUUGUAAUCGCCAACAUUCCCCAAAGGCCUUGGAACACGGCCCGGAAUAGUAGCUACCAAGGCUCAAGUGAUUCGAUCCCGACGAGGUCUUCCCUAGCCGUUGAUGUCGCAAGGCCGAAAAAGAAAAAGCCAAAGACCAGCCCCCUUGGUGGCUCGAGCGGAGCAGCAGGGGCCUCGGCAGAUGACGAGGGCGUUAUUGUGAGCAGCAGCAAGAAGAAGACCUCUAAGAAGGACAAAGGAAAACAGACGGCGUCAACCGAAUCUGGGAGAGCAACAUCGCCACGCGGAACCUGCCGACCUGGAGUUCAGGCUGCCGAGAAGCCCGACCUGUCCGAAAUCCCGAUAGACGUCUCCAAGGCGCCAACUACCGACGACGACGAGAACCAUGGCGGAACAGACUCGGUCACCGCGGCGGCGGCGGAGGACGCGGGCCACUGGGAUAGGGAGGCCCAGUCGCCCGUGGCCGUAUCGCCCAAGUACGACAUCGACGAAGAGGACAUGGGCGACGUCUGGGGCGGUGGAAAUCAGCCAGGACCCCAGAAGCAUCUUUGAGGCGCUCAAGAGAACACUGAAGAAACAAACAAAAACAACGAAACGAAGCACUAUUUGGCUUGUCGCAUUUUGACUUGCAUUUUUUAUGCUUUAUCUUUUCUGGCUUUCCUUGAGAUACCCGUCUUACGGCAAAUGUCUUUAUCUCUUGUUCGGUUCGCGUUUGUGCACCAUCUGAGCCAGCACGCUCUAUGGCAUUAUCUACUGGUUGAGCAAGCAUUGUUAGUUGGGUUGCGCGUCCUUUUUUUUUUAUCUUACCCCUUUGUGGCGUCACAUGGUCUGGCUCAAACGUCUGAACGCGUGGAUGACACCCAUGGCUGGCGCACAUAUGCAUUUAUCAGCCUGCAACAGUCUGUUUUGUGUUGUAGCCAUGCAGGCAAGAGGAUUUAACAAGUAAACAAAAACACCUCUAUCGUCCCGUCGUCGUGUUGAAAGGGGAACCCCGGCUAGCCCGGCCCCGACGAAGAAACACCCCAUCCCCAAAUCAUCCGCCACCGUUCCUGUCCGCUCUAGUUAAGAGAUUGGACCCUUGAGCACAAGAAGAAUAAUGUAGAAAAAAAACGCGUAAGAAUAUGCAUCGAUCG